AAUUAAACUAUCGUAAAGGAGAGUUUGAGUCAGCCACAAAUCAAAGAAUUAUUUUCUCUCUCCUGUGACGGGUUGCUUUCUUCAUCUCUCCCAUCACGCGCUCUGAAGAAAUUUCACAGAUUCCGUCAUGUCUUCCGGCGGAAACUCUACUCUCUCCACCGCCGCGGCGGUUGACAAGCUGUUCUUCUGUUACCAGUGCAAUCGCACAGUCACCAUCUCAAUCUCCUCCGCCGACGAUCCUUUCUGCCCCCGUUGCUCGGGUGGGUUUCUAGAAGAAUACGAAGAACCAAACCCUAAUCCAUCCCCAAAUCUCAACCCUAUCGGUUUCCUCCCGAUGGCUGAUCCUUUCUCCUCCUUGCUCCCGCUCUUAUUCGGCUCCUCCUCCGCUCCUCCUUCCUCGAACCCGAGCCUCUUCGGUCCACGCUCUACCGAGAAUCAGCAUCAGCCUCAAGGUGGAGGAGCGUUUGAUCCGGUGUCGUUUCUCCAGAACCAUCUCCAGCAUCUGCAAUCCAGCGGCACUCACGUCCAGUUCGUGAUCGAGGAUCAUCCCUCGGAUCCGUUUAACCGGAUACCUGGAAACAUGGGGGACUACUUCUUUGGCCCUGGCCUUGAGCAGCUGAUUCAGCAGCUCGCGGAGAAUGACCCUAACCGACACGGAACUCCUCCUGCUUCGAAAUCCGCGAUCGACGCGCUUCUGACUGUUAAGGUGACGUUGGAUAUGUUGAACUCUGAGAUGAACCAGUGCGCCGUUUGUAUGGAUGAGUUCGAGGAUGGCCGCGAUGUGAAGCAGAUGCCUUGCAAGCAUGUGUUUCAUCAGGAUUGCUUGAUGCCGUGGCUUGAGUUGCAUAACUCUUGUCCGGUUUGUCGGUAUGAGUUGCCUACUGAUGAUCCUGAUUAUGAGAGCAGGGGGCAAACGCAAGGUCAAGGAGGUCAGAUGAUGAGUGGGGGUGGGCAGGGAUCGGUUGAGGGUCAGCAGACCGCAAGGAGGUUUAGUAUACAGCUGCCUUUGCGGUUCAGGAGUCAGGAUGGCUCUGGUUCUGGAAGUGGUGCUGGUGGUGGAAGUGGGUCUAAUCUUGAGACCAGACAGGAAGAUUUGGAUUGAGUAAGGACAAGAGUCAUUGCUUGGAAACUGAAUUGGAAGAAGGAUGUGCACAAGUUCUCACACAAAAAAGGCAGUUUCAUUAGGGAAAAGAAAGUGACAUUGAGGGUUUACCAUAUCUUGUACAUUUAACCACGAAAAAAUAUUUUAUUGUCUUAUUAUUUUGGGAUUAUACAACGGAUGUGAGUCCUUCAAAAAAAUCGCAGUAUUUCAUCAAAAGUGGUAUUUGUUUA